AUGGCUGAGGAGUUCGACAACGUCGAUUUUCUUUCUGGGGAGACAUCUGUCAAAAGAUCAUCAGCACCGCAGCGGAAGGGGAGCCCGGCGACGAAUUCUGCGACCAAAGUGGUUCAGCCAAAGCCCCAAGCACUACCGUCAAGACAAGGUCCCUCAGCCAUCCUGGUGUCGACGCGUCAGAAAGGCAAUCCGAUCCUCAAACAUGUCACCCAGCUACCCUGGGAGUACUCCGAUAUACCGUGCGAUUAUGUUCUUGGAGCCACAACUUGCGCCUUGUUCUUAUCCCUGAAGUAUCACCGGCUGCACCCGGAAUACGUCUAUAGCCGCAUCCGCCAGUUGGGGAAGCUCUACAAUCUUCGUAUCUUGCUGGCGAUGGUCGACAUCGAAAAUCAUGAAGAAGCACUGAAGGAGUUGUCGAAAACCUCUAUGAUCAACAAUCUCACCUUGAUCCUGUGCUGGUCUUCUCAAGAAGCCGGCCGGUACCUGGAACUCUUCAAGUCUUAUGAGCACGCGUCUUCGGCCUCCAUUCGAGCUCACCGAGCAGAGACUUAUCAAGAGAGCUUGACUGAGUUCGUCACCACACCUCGAUCUAUCAACAAAACGGACGCCGCGAGCUUGAUCAUGAAUUUUGGAUCGCUUCGUGCAGCUGUCAAUGCUCAACCCGAAGAACUGGCCUUAGUCCCUGGUUUUGGUGAGAAGAAGGUCAAGGACUGGUACAACACGCUCCGUGAACCUUUCCGAGUGAGGAGAGCAGCGAAGUCCAAUGCCGCUUUGCUGAGGCAGGAAACAACUGUGGGUACGGCAACCAGUCUCGACACCGAUUAUGAGCCUGAAAGUGCACGUGAACCCAUACCGAUCAGCUCCGUUCCAACUUCGCAUGGACAGGCUUCCAAUACCGUCAUGGCAUCGAGCGACACCCCUGCGGGCCCUAGCCAUAAACGCUCGAGACCCGAAGCACUUGACGAUGAUUUCGAUGAUGACGACGAUGAAGCUGCGUGGCUUGCACUUGCUGAGGCCGAAGCCGCAAAGGCCAACGCAGAGAAAGAACAAGACGACUCGUCAGUCCCAGCGGCUCGGAAAGAACAAGAGCUAAGUUCAGGUGUUGCCGCCGCUCUGGCAAAACUGCGACAAAACGGGUGA